GUACUUAAAUCCAAAUUAAACCCAAGAAACCCUACUGACAAACAAAAUGUCUCAGAAACGUGUUACCAUGAGCACCAGCCGUGUAUCGCGUGCCUCCACCUCAACACCCCAAGGGGGUAAUCGUUUGGGCGCCGCUAGCCCCACCAGUCCUACCCGCACCAGCCGUCUCCAGGAAAAAGAAGAGCUGCAACAUUUGAACGAUCGUUUGGCCUGUUACAUCGAUCGCAUGCGUCACCUGGAAAAUGAAAACAAUCGUUUGACCCAGGAAUUGCAAUUGGCCCAGGACACAGUUACCCGUGAAGUGUCCAACAUUAAGGCCUUGUAUGAAAAGGAAUUAUCGGCUGCCCGUAAACUGUUGGAUGAAGUGUCCAAGGAAAAGGCCAAAUUGGAAAUUGACAUCAAACGUUUGUGGGAGGAGAACGAUGAGUUGAAACAAAAAUUGGACAAAAAGACCAAAGAGUGUGCCUUGGCCGAGAACAGUGCCCGCGUAUUUGAAAGCCGUUUCAAUGAAAUCAACGGCAAAUACAACCAAGCCUUGGCCGAUCGCAAGAAGGCCGAUGACCUGGCCAAGGAAUUGCAAGCCGAAAACGCUCGCCUCUUGAAGCAGUUGGACGAUUUGCGCAAACAACUCGAGGCCGAAACAUUGGCCCGUGUCGAUUUGGAGAACCAAAAUCAAAGCUUGCGCGAAGAGUUGAGCUUCAAGGAUCAAAUUCAUGUACGCGAACUUACCGAAACCCGUUCUCGCCGCCAAAUUGAAAUCAGCGAAUUGGAUGGUCGUCUGUCCAAGGAAUACGAGGCCAAAUUGCAACAAUCGCUACAGGAAUUGCGCGAACAAUAUGAAUCGCAGAUGCGUGCCAAUCGUGAAGAAAUUGAAUUGUUGUACGACAAUGAAAUUAAGAAUCUCCAGGCUGCCGCCGCUCGUGCCAAUAAUGCCUCAGCUCAUGUCCAUGAAGAGUUGAGAAUGAUGCGCACCAAGAUCGAUGGUCUUAAUAAUAAGAUUAAGGAUUUGGAGGGCAUCAAUGCUGGUUUGAAUGGCCGCAUUCGUGAAUUGGAAGACUUGUUGGACAGUGAACGUGCCCGCCACAAUCAAUAUGUCGCCUCCUUGGAAGCCGAAUUGGAGCGCAUGCGCGACGAAAUGGCCAAACAAUUGCAGGAAUACCAAGAUCUCAUGGACAUCAAGGUCUCAUUGGAUUUGGAAAUUGCCGCCUACGACAAAUUGUUGGGUGGUGAAGAGAGACGUCUCAACAUCACUUCCCCAGCUCGCAGCAGCCAUAAUGCCAGCCAUGAUGCUGCCUAUUCCAAUGGCUCCCAUUUGUCUGUCAGCUCCAGCUCGGCAUAUCGGUCUGGUCGCGUAACACCCAGUGGUCGCCGUUCAGCUACACCAAGUGGCGGUCCUAGCGGCAGUGCUGUUAAGCGCCGCCGUACUGUUAUCGAUGAGUCCGAAGAUCGCAGUUUGGCCGAUUUCACCGUCAACUCAGCUGCCAAGGGUGAUCUCCAAAUCUUGGAAGCCGACAGCGAGGGCCGUUUCAUUAAAUUGCACAACAAGGGCACCGAUGAAAUCAAUCUAACCGGCUGGCAAUUGACCCGCAUUGCUGGCGAUGAAGAACUGGCCUUCAAGUUUACCCGUGGCACCAAAGUUUCACCCGGUGAGACAGUCACCAUUUGGUCGGUGGAUGCCGGUGUUGCCCACGAACCACCCAGCAACCUGGUGAUGAAGAAGAAGUGGCCCGUUGCCGAUUCUAUGCGCAGUAUUUUGUCCAAUGCCGACAAAGAGGUGAGAUUACUGUCGAUUUACAACACUUGUAACAAAUGUCACAUUUGUCGUCACUGUCACCAUCUUGAGUUUGAUUUAGAUCAGAUGUUGCCAGCUACGAACGUGUCCGUUCAAACAUUUCCAGCCAUGCCUCGAGGCACAGACAGACCAGCAGCGGUUUCACAUUAGGCUCUGGUUCCACCUCAACCGGUGUUAGAAGUCUAUUCUCAUUGCUCUUCUAAAUGGAGGAGGAUGGAGAGACGGAUGGUGCUCGCCUAGGUUAACACACA